CACAGAUCAGACUGAGCUGAGGAAACACGAAACAAAGAUGAGCAGCUGAUGAGAUGGAGGUGGAGAACCAUGAUAACACAGCAGCAGGAGGAGGAGGAGGAGGAGGAGAGUCUGUAAUAUCAUCUGUGACAGAUGACAAAGAUGAGCUGGAAGAAAGUUCAGCUCAAACCAAGUCUGGUUCAGUGACUGAACCUGGUGAAGCUGAACAUCCAGAGCAGAACGAUACAACCACAGGACGAGAGUCUGAAAUGGAGUCUGUACCAUCUGUACCAGACUUUGACCCUUCAGCAGGAGAGGCUGAUGAAGUCAAAGAGGUUGACACUGUAAGCAGCACCAGCGUUGGUGAGCUGUCUGCAGAGGAGAGUGAAACAUUGACGGACACAAGUCCAACAUCUCAGACUGUUUCUACAAACAUCAAAGAACUGAUGCCUGAGCUCACUCUUGUGUUAACUGGUGACACAAACUCUAUUGAGGUUGGAUUAGAUAACAUCUUACUUGACCAUGACGAUCAAACACAUGACGAGCAGUUUUCAUCCAAACUGUAUGAUUUGUGUGGUCGACACAUCUGUGUCAUUAACAUGCUUGAUCAACAAAACACAAACAAACACAAAUUCCCAUUAAAUCAGGGGAUUCAUGCCUUUCUCCUACUGGUACCAAAUGGUCUGCACAGCAGCCAUUACAGCUCAGGAGUGCAGUGGUUAGAGGAAGCUUUCGGGAAAGAAUCACUUUCUUAUUUAAUGACAGUCGUGACUCAUGAUUCAGAUGAAGAAUGUGACGGUGCACUGACAGACCUGAAAGCCUGUAGCAGUUUUGUUGAAGAAAGAUACCACACAUGUACAAAGAGUAUGAGAGAUGAACAUGAAAUAAUAGCUCUGCUGAAAAAGAUAGACGUCAUGGUCUCUGACAAUGAUCCACACUGCUACAGUGGACCGACAUGUGGUGACAUUAAAGAGCAGGAAGAAGACCUGGACCACAAAUCCCACGAAGAAGAAAAGACUGAUGUGUUUCAUCACAGUCAAAGAGUAGAUCAGCCGGAGGAGAGAGCAGCUACAACACAGGUAAAGUGUAACUCAGUUCAUAAUGGAAAACACUCAGAGAAGAAGAAUGACAACACAGCGAGAGGAGGAGGGUCUGAAAUCAAGUCUGUUGCAUCUGCAACAUGCACCUCAGAUGUGGAUACAAGUGGAAACAAGGAUAAGGUCAGAAAAUACAAAUUUAUUUAA